AUGAAUCCCAGCUCCGGGUGGGGCCAAACUGAGGGUGAGUUGUUGGUACUGGCCAAGGACCAGGACGGGCAGGUGGCAGGUGGCCCACGGCUCUUGCGGGAACAGUAUAAGAGACCAGAUCCUCAGCGAGAGCCCACGGGCAAGAGCUCCAGCCUCCACGGGACACCGACACUGCACUCACAGAUGAUGAAGCUACUGCUGGUGACGCUCGUGCUUCUGGGGCCGUGGGACAGUGAGGUGCUGGGACAAACCCAGCUCUCCUCAUUUUCUGGGCCUUAUGGGACGGUGGGGGGGAUCUCAUUCUCCUUCUCUGGAGACCAUCUCCAGGGAACCAUCACAGGCCUGAGGGUCCGGGAGCAGCCAGGAGGUGUGAUUCGUGGCAUCCAGCUGCAGUUUGGGGGCACCUGGAGCAAGUAUUAUGGGGCUGAGAUUGAAGUCAUCCACGAGUUUCUCCUCCUCCCCGGAGAGACCAUCACGCAGGUGUCGGGGAAGUACCUGGUCUACAUCCAGCAGCUGAUCUUCAUCACCAGCAAAGGGCGGCAGUUUCACGUGGGCCAGCCGGCCGGGACCUCCUUCAAUGCCCUGACCCACCGGCCCUCGGCCUCUCUCCGCUAUAUCAGUGGCCAGCACAACGGCGCCGGCCUCACCAACAUCGGCUUCCACUGGGAGAUAAAUGAGUGGUCCUGA